GUCGCUAUGACAAGAUGGCAAUCACCUUCAACGCCCCGGAAGGUUUGUCUGCGUCUCCCGAGAAAUGGCAGCCUGGACUCUUGUCUCGUAUCCGGAAAGAAUUCAUCUGUGCGCUACAAAUAUGAGACCCGGCGCUGAUAUGUCUUUAUCUGAAUAGUUCGUCGUCGAAAGUUUUGUCGUUGAUCAUCCCUUCGAAUGGCGGAUGAAACAGAAAAAAAGCGACCAAGUCAGGAUGGCAGUCACUCAUCCUCACACGCUCCUACUCCUGAAGAGAAGGAGGCCGAAGGCAGUAUCACAGACUAUCUUCGAAUCUUCAGAUAUGCCGACAAAUACGACUGGACUCUCAAUGUCAUCGCCUUCAUCUGCGCCAUCGCAUCAGGCGCGUCUUUACCGUUGAUGUCGAUUAUCUUCGGUAGCUUCACCAACAAGUUCAACAAUUACAAUGCUGGCGACGAGAGUCCCGAGGCAUUCAAGGCCGACGUGGAUCAUUUCGUACUGUGGUUCAUCUACCUCUUCAUUGGGAAAUUCGUCCUCACGUAUAUUUCCACAGCUGCCGUCACCAUUUCAGCUAUACGAACCACCCGGACCCUUCGACGAGUGUUCCUUGAAUGUACAUUGCGACAAGAGGUCUGGCAUUUCGAUAAGCAGAGCAAUGGAGCAAUCGCCACUCAGGUCACUACCAAUGGAAAUCGCAUACAAACAGGCAUUGCUGAGAAACUGGUCUUUACCAUCCAGUCACUUUCCAUGUUCUUUUCUGCAUUUGUGGUUGCGUUGGCAUCUCAGUGGAAACUAGCGUUGAUCACCAUGUCUGUCAUUCCUGCUAUCUUCCUCGUCACCGGCAUCUGCAUAGCAAUCGAUGCCACCCAGGAGGCCAGGAUAACACGAAUAUACUCACGCGCCGCUGUCCUCGCAGAAGAAGUCUUAUCGUCCAUCCGGACAGUCCAUGCCUUCUACGCCCGGAAGAAAAUGGCGGAAAAGUACGAUGUCUUUUUGCAGCAAGCACACCAAGAAGGCAACAAGAAGUCGCCAAACUAUGGGGUUCUCUUCUCAACCGAAUACUUCUGUGUCUACUCGGCUAUCGCACUCGCAUUCUGGAAAGGAUUUCGGAUGUACGAGAGUGGCGAGGUUGCCGACGUAGGCAAAGUCUUUACUGUUGUCCUUUCAGUCACCAUAGCAGCCACUUCCAUCUCCAUGCUUGCACCGCAGAUUCAGUCAUUCACAAACGCCGCGUCUUCGGCUUCGGAGUUAUUUAGCAUCAUCGACAAACCUACACAGCUUGACCCUCUCGAUCCUUCCGGAAAGCAGCCCGAGAGUUGCCAAGGGCAGAUUGAGAUCCUCGAUUUAUCAUUUGCCUACCCUUCCCGCCCAUCAGCCGAAGUACUACGAGAUUUCAGCUUGACGAUUCCAGCCGGUAAGACGACGGCCCUUGUCGGUGCAUCCGGUAGUGGCAAAAGCACCAUGGUUGGCUUACUGGAACGGUGGUACCUGCCUAGCUCAGGGAGGAUAAUCCUUGAUGGCCUGGACCUGGAACAAUAUAAUGUGAAAUGGCUGAGGAGCCGCAUCCGCCUUGUCCAGCAAGAACCUGUUUUGUUCCGGGGUACCAUCUUUCAGAACGUUGCCAACGGUUUCGUGGAUGAGCAACGAGAUUUGCCUCGAGAAAGACAAAUGGAGCUUGUGCAAGAAGCUUGCAAAGCCAGCAAUGCCGAUGUAUUCAUAAACGAGCUUCCGAAUGGCUACGACACUGAAGUUGGCGAGCGAGCCGGAGCUUUGAGUGGAGGUCAACGACAACGAAUUGCAAUCGCACGAAGUAUCGUAUCGGACCCUAAGAUCCUGUUGCUCGAUGAAGCUACCAGUGCCCUGGACCCGAAGGCAGAGAAAGUGGUUCAGGAUGCCUUAAAUCGAGUGUCGAAAGAUCGGACUACUUUGGUCAUUGCCCACAAACUGGCCACUGUGAAAAGUGCUGACAACAUCGCGGUCAUCUCGCAGGGGAAAAUUGUCGAGCAAGGCACACAUCACGAAUUGAUCGAAAGCAACGGUCAUUACGCUGCGCUAGUUCGUGCGCAAGAUUUGGGGGCUGACGAGCAAGAAGAGAACGACAAGAUUCUCCAGGAAAAGAAAGCUCUUGGAGCUGCUGGUGAACGAGUGACACUUGAGCGUACUCAUACCACAGCCACAUCCCAAGCUGGCGAUCUGGAGAAACAAAAGGCGCCCGUGGGAACUCUGGGUUAUUCGCUCAUAAAAUGCAUCUUAAUCAUGUUCUAUGAACAGAAGAACCUCUACUGGUGCUUCUUGUUGUCAACCAUAGCAGUAUUGAUAUGCGGCGCAACAUUCCCCGGACAGGCCCUCUUGUUUUCGAGACUGCUCACCGUUUUCGAAUUGACCGGCCACGAGGCACAAGAGCGUGCGGAUUUCUAUGCUCUGAUGUUCUUCGUCGUGGCUCUAGGAAAUUUGGUGGGAUAUUUCACGAUUGGCUGGACGUGCAACGUUGUUUCACAAGUUGUCACCCACCGCUAUCGGGCUGAAAUGUUCCAGCGAGUAUUGGAUCAAGACAUCGAGUUCUUCGACAUUCCAGAGAACACGUCUGGUGCUCUCACGUCGAAAUUAUCGGUUCUACCCACCCAGCUGCAGGAGUUGAUAUCAGCAAACAUCCUUCUCAUCUUUAUCGUUAUCGUCAAUAUCGUCUCGAGCAGUGCUCUUGCGCUCGCCUAUGGAUGGAAACUGGGCCUGGUCGUCGUGUUCGGUGCCCUUCCACCCCUUCUCAUGGCCGGAUAUCUCAGAAUCCGUCUCGAGACGAAGCUGCAAGCGGGGAAUUCGGAGAACUUUGCAGAAAGUGCGGGUUUGGCAAGCGAAGCGGUCACCUCGAUCCGGACCGUGGCAUCUUUGACUCUCGAAGGCCAUGUUCUCCGACAGUACUCGGGUAUGUUGGGCAAAGUCGUGCUGAGAUCGACAAAGGCAUUGGUCUGGACCAUGUUCUGGUUUUCACUGUCACAGUCGAUCGAGUUCCUUGCCAUGGCUCUGGGAUUCUGGUAUGGCAGUCGAUUACUGGCCUCGGGCGAGUACACUACCGCCCAAUUCUACAUCAUCUUCGUGGGUGUAUUGUUCGCCGGUCAAGCGGCCGGUCAAUUCUUCGGAUACUCCACGAGUCUGACGGCCGCUCGCGGAGCGGCCAACUAUAUCCUGUGGCUGCGGACACUGAAGCCGACCAUCCGUGAAACCGACGAGAACAAGAAAACCGGUCCGGAAGGUGAAGGUCCUGUCGACCUCGAGGAUAUAGAGUUCAGGUAUCGUCAACGCGACACGGCUCGAGUCCUUCGUGGCAUUUCCAUGACCAUCGAACCUGGCCAGUUUGUGGCCUACGUUGGCGCUUCAGGUUGCGGCAAGUCAACAUUGAUCGCCUUGUUGGAACGAUUUUACGACCCAAGCUCUGGCCGGAUCUGUCUGGCACACAAGGAUAUCGCGGAGAUGUCUCCACGCUUGUACCGCGGGCACAUGUCUCUGGUCCAGCAGGAGCCCACACUAUACCAAGGCUCCGUCCGCGAGAAUGUGUCCUUGGGACUGGACUUUGAACCGUCGGAGGAGCAAGUCAAGGAGGCUUGUCGCAAGGCCAACGCGCUGGACUUUGUCAUCUCCCUGCCAGAAGGCUUCGACACGCCCUGCGGAUCCCGGGGGAUGCAGUUCUCUGGUGGGCAACGACAGCGGAUCGCCAUCGCCCGAGCGUUGAUCCGAAAUCCAAAGCUGCUGUUGCUGGAUGAGGCGACGUCGGCCCUCGACACGCAGUCGGAACGUCUGGUUCAAGCCGCCCUCGACGAAGCUUCCAUGACCCGAACCACAAUAGCCGUGGCGCACCGGCUUUCGACCAUUCGAGAUGCGGACGUCAUUUUUGUGUUUGCCAAUGGAAGAAUCGCCGAGAUGGGAACUCACGCGGAACUACAACGACUCAAGGGAAGAUAUUAUGAAAUGUGUCUGGCACAGUCUUUAGAUCAAGCAUAACAAGCAUAAGCAUUUGAUGAAGGAGCAUAAAAAAAGGCGUUACCAUCUGAUACCGUUAGCCUCGCUUGGGAACGGGGCGGUGUUUGGGCUCAGAUACGGAGUACCUAGGUACAUAGGUAGUCCUGUUGUACUGUAAAUAAUGUACCAUCUCAUCUCCAUCAUGGAAUUCAGUUAGGUACCUCAGAG